UAUCCCAAUCUGUCGCAUUGUUGACAAUAUUUAGAUUAAACAAUAAUUGAUCAAAUCAUCAUCAUUAUCAAUAUUCUGUCACACACAUUAGUAGAGUUUCUGCUCAUCAUUGCACCCAACUUAUCUAUUUCAUCUAGAAACCAACAGAAUGAGGAAACUUUCACUCUUGUCCAUUUUGACAAUUGCCAUUUUGGCAAAGGUCUCGACCGUCCAGCUUCAAAUUACUCUAUUCAAGGUUGCAAAAUAUAACCAAUCUUGCAGUCCCAUGUCACUCUUAGUACCCACCAUCUGCGAACAGUACGACAGGACGGUAAGAUGCUCUUCCGACUUUCUGGGCACCUGUGUUUGCAAUACAGGCGACGACGAUGCAUACUUCAGCGAGGAAGAACAGGCCUGCGUUGGUUUAGUUGGUGGACUUUGUCUCACAGAUGCGACAUCGUUGGGACGAAAAAUUUGUACCGAGAAUGCAGAUUGUUUCCCAGUGGGCCCAGGAACCAUUGGAAGCUGUGCGUGUCUUGACGGUUGGAAGGAAAAUGCGGACAAAAAAUGUGAAAACGACGACGAGUUUACGGGCACUCCAGGAACCCUUCGACCCACAACGACGAGGAAACCACUGGUGCCUGUGGUCACGACAACAACCAGGGAUCCCAAUGCCACCCCUCCACCCCCACCUCCUGGCGACAGUGGGAGUGGAACUUUGUCCAGCGUUAACACCUUGCUCGCUCUUGUUAGCACUUUUAUUUUGUUGGGAUGCAAGUUACUGUAAAUUCAUAAUUUCUAUGUAUGUACAUGGCAUUAUAUGUACAAAGUGCGUACAAUGUUCACGCAUUCCCCAGUUGCCAAUAAAUCACACGUUCGUUUCCAACUAGAA